UACAAUGGAAUGGGAAAAUCAAACCAUUCUGGUGGAAUUCUUUUUGAAGGGGCUUUCUGAUUACCCAAGGCUUGAGCCACUCUUUUUUGCACUAAUCUUAAUAAUGUAUGUUGUCAUCCUUCUGGGCAAUGGCACCCUUAUUUUAAUCAGCAUCUGGGACCCCCACCUUCACACCCCUAUGUACUUCUUCCUGGGGAACCUCUCCUUCUUGGACAUCUGCUACACCACCACCUCCAUUCCCUCCACUCUGGUAAACUUCCUCUCAGAAAGAAAGACCAUAUCCUUCUCUGGCUGUGCAAUACAGAUGUUCCUUGGCAUGGCCAUGGGGACAACAGAGUGUGUGCUCCUGGGCAUGAUGGCCUUUGACCGGUAUGUGGCUAUCUGCAACCCUCUAAGAUAUCCUGUCAUCAUGAGCAAGGAUUCCUAUGUGCCCAUGGCAGCUGGGUCCUGGUUUGCUGGGGUUAUCAACUCUGCAGUGCAAACUGCAUUUGUGAUACAAUUGAACUUCUGUAGGAAUAACAUCAAUCAUUUCUCCUGUGAAAUUCUGGCUGUCAUGAAACUGGCCUGUGCUGACAUCUCAGGCAAUGAAUUCAUCAUGAUUGUGGCCACGACAUUGUUCACACUGAUGCCCCUGCUUUUGAUUGUCAUAUCUUACUCAUUAAUCAUCUCUAGCAUCCUGAAGAUCCGUACUUCUGAGGGGAGAAGCAAAGCUUUCUCCACCUGCUCAGCCCACCUGAUUGUGGUGAUAAUAUUCUAUGGAACCAUUCUCUUCAUGUACAUGAAGCCCAAGUCUAAAGAGACACUUAAUUCAGAGGACUUGGAUGCCACUGACAAAUUGAUAUCCAUGUUCUAUGGAGUGAUGACUCCCAUGAUGAAUCCUUUAAUCUACAGUCUCAGAAACAAGGAUGUAAAGGAGACAGUGAAACAUCUAUUUAACAGAAGUUUCUUUAGCAAGUGAAUGGAAAAGAUGAUUGAAUUGUGAAUACAUUGGGCAUUGUUAAGCUUUAGAAUUAUGUUGGAAUUUUGGUUACUUUUUCUUGUUUUGAACUUUCACAUUUUACUCAACAAUUUUUAUGAUGACAUACAGCAUUUCAAUAUUAUGUCAUGCUCACUAUAGAGAAUUUGCAAGAUACAGGACAUAGGAUGGAGAAAAUAAAGAGAUCACUUAUUACUCUAACUCUAGGAGAUGGCUUUCAAGUAUUAAACAAUAUAUUUUGUGUUCUGUAUAUACCUCAAUAUUGGAAUUGGGUAUUAUAGGUCUUUUUAUGUUCACCUUUAUACAUAGUCCUAUUUCAUACACAUCAUUUCAUCAAAUCUUUCAAAAUAAGUAAGUUCUCUGUUGUAAGAAAAACGAAACAGAAAAUCCUCCAAA